AUGGACAUCACCGGGUGUCCUUCUGUCUCCAUCGGCAUCCUCCACGAAGGCAAGAUCAUCCUCCAGCACAGCCAAGGAUUCGCAGGUGGGAACGCAAACUAUGUCCCGGUCAACAAUUCAACUCUCUACAUGAUCGGAUCACUCACCAAGGCCUUCAUCGCGGCGUCCUGUGGUAUGCUCGUGGACGAAGGCAAACUGAGCUGGACCGAACCGCUAUCCGCAUACAUACCCUUUACCCAGAACAAAGAUCCUGUCAUAGGCGAGCGUAUGAGUCUAUCAGAAGCCCUCUUUCAUUCCAGCGGAUUUCCACAGCUCGACAUCGCGUGGUAUGGCGCAGCAGGCGCAGAACUGCUUCUUCCAGGAGAUUUAUUACAUGUCACUGCCAACAUGCCAGUUCACGACACCUUUCGCACCGGAUUCCAUUACUCCAACUGGCCUUACGCUCUGGUGGGUAAGGUGAUUGAAGCGGUAGGUGGCGAGGAUGCCGUGGAUGGCUGGGGAGGGUUCGUCAAGAAGAGAAUCUUUGAGCCUCUCGGAAUGAGUAGAUCGACGUGUUCUCGAUGGAAAGUCGAGGGUGGAAAUCUGGCUGAGGGGCAUACGGUCUUGCACGACAGGCGGCCAGUACGUUUACGAAUGCCUCAAGUUUCAGACAAGACCAUUUGUGGAGCUGCAAUGGCGAUUUGGUCGAACGUUCCGGAAAUGCUCAUCUGGUCGCAAGCAGUAAUGGAACGGUUGGAAGAAGAGGAGACGGAGAAGGGCACCAUUGAGGCCAUUCAAGGAUUGAGUCUCAACACGGAACAAUGCGAAGCAGUACACCACGACGACCAUACUGACGCGCAAAGCAUAUCGACAAACCCGCUAAGACAAAUCAGCCAAAUCACGUCUCGCAAGAUACCCGUUACGGACGAUACCAUCAACGAGAGCUCGUACGCAUUUGGAUGGGCAAGACACAUGAUUCCCUCGACACAACUUGGGUGGUUAUCUACCAACGGCCCACAGAGAGACGAUAUCAUCGGGCGAGACUCGCAGCCACGGCUAACACUAUAUCAUGGAGGCCAGGUGACCGGAUAUCUCAACUCCAUCUAUCUGUUUCCGGAGACCAAAUCCGCUGUGGUCGUCCUGACCAACGCGCAGAGUGCUGGAGACUGCUCUGAUCUUGUUGCUCAAAUGUUCGUCCAAUCACUCUUCGAUAUGACGCCGAAAGUGGAUUUCGGAAUCAGGGCGGAGAAGCUAUCUACCAGUAGUCUGAACCGAUAUACCAAGAUGAAAGACGAUUUGCAGAAGAACCGCAUGUUAAAUACGCCACGUCCCCGUCUCGAAAGCCUUGAGGGGACGUACCAGAACGAAGACAUAAAGGGGCGAAUUGAUGUGUACAAGGUGAGCGAAGAUCAAUUGGAGAUGAAGCGGAAUACCAUGGAUUCGCAGUGCCAUCUUCUGGAACACUACCAGUCCCACACGUUUAGCUUUCUGCCUGGAUCGAGGGACGAGAUGGAGACAAGAUGUCUAGUGGAUUACUCGGUAUACAAGCAAUUCCUCUUGUCGUUUGUGGGCGAUGAGGAAGGUUCGGUUAUUGGUUUGGACUGGGUGAUGCAGGAGGGAUUAAAACCGUUGCGUUAUAAUCGCGAGAAGACCGCACCUCCCAUAGGCCCCUCUAUUGUGGAAGUCCCCGUUCGACGAUGA